AGCUCAUACCCAUUUGCUUUUGAAGAAAAUGUCCGUGAUGCACUUAGCUGCGGUAAGGCAAGUUUUCACACAUGUUCCCAACAAGAGCCUCUGGCACUGCUUCGCUCCCACGGAUUCACACCAGCCUCACCGGGAAAGGACGGGUGCUCUGGCUGUGCGAAGGGACGGGGUUUCGGCUGCUCGGGUACUUCAGAGCGAGCGGGAGGCUGAGCCGGCAGCAUCCCGGGCAUUUCAAGCGAGCGCCCGCCAGCAGCCCGGCACGGCAGUGACUGAAAUUUAAGCGUCUUCAGAGAGGGGAGGAAGAUCCUCAUCUUCCGUAGCCUCCUCAAUGAGUGCCAAGCUCUCCAAGGAGUUGAGGCUGUCCCUGCCGCCUUGUCUUCUGAACAGGACAUCCACCACCUUAAAUACCAGCACCACCUGCAUCACCCAAGUGGGUCAGCUCUUCCAGUCCUUCUCAUCCACCCUGGUUUUAAUUGUCCUAGUCACCCUCAUCUUCUGCCUGAUCCUCCUCUCCCUCACCACCUUCCACAUCCACAAGAGGAAGAUGAAGAAACGGAAAAUGCAAAAGGCUCAGGAGGAGUAUGAACGGGACCACUGUGCCCGCAGCAGCAAUAGCAGCAGCCAGCACCCUGGGACAGUGGUGCAGGGAGAGGCAGCCCAAGGAAGAGACAGCCGACUGGGAAGACCCCCCCAGGACUUGGAGAUCCAGCGCUCCUCUCCCUCAGCAGCCCCCGGCUCUCAGCAAGCACAGGUUUGUUUGGACACAGCUGGUGCAGGGCUCCUGCAGACGGAGAUUUUAUCAUGAUGGUUUGGGGGAGACCUCGCAAAGGCUCUGAUUGGUGUUUGUAAAUACCUGAGUGAUUAUUCUAGUCCCUGAAGAAGAGGAAAAUAUUGCUAAUUCAAAUGAACGAACAAGCCCACGAUCCAAGUGCAUGACAGAUCACAUUGAGUUUCUCAUUGACUAUGUGAGGAGAGGAUGCAUCUUUUAACUGGAGAAGGAGCUGCACACAACUACUAAAUAUCAAGUCAUCCACCUGCAGGAGAGGGUCAGGGGUAGGAUGUCCCUUUUCCCUGGACAUUAUUACCCCAAGGACCGGGAUGUUCCUGCUCUUGAGAUUCCUGCUACACCCUGUGUCACCGUUGCAUGGUGUUGGUUGGGGUGUGGGUGAGUGGUGUGGGGGGAGAGGCAGGUCUAGUGGGUGCCUUAGGACCCUCCUGUCCCCUCGGAGCAGACUGGAAGUACACUGUGGUCUCUCCUUUUGUGCUGGGAUCAAUGGCCCUGUCCCACCCCUCUCCGUUGCGGGACUGGAUAUUAUUUUGUGUUGAAAUGGCUACCCCUAGUUGGGCUUAACUGCAAACACUCUCUGGCCCCACAUCUUUGUGCCCCCAGCUGCAACACUGAUUGACCCACUAUCUGGGGGAUGGGAUGGAGUCAGCUGUCUGCAUAGAGUGAUGCUUGAGCUUUCUGCUCCCUUCAGCUCCAUUCAUCUUCAAAUGCCUCCCCUUCCCCAUUCCUGUCUACAUCCCAUGAAACCCGAAUGCCAUGAAAUCUGAAACCCAAACCCACUCUCAUUCUGCGUGGAAGGAGAGGUAAUGUGCAUUAACUUGCCUGUCCUCUCCCAGAGGAGGUUGUCUUUGUACCUCCUCUUGGUCCUGAAACAAUCCAGUUCUGCACCAGGUACCCUGCACUGAAUGCCUGCGUUUACAGCCUUGCCUCCCAGAAAGGAAUCCUGCAGCAGUACCCAUCUCACUUCUACUUUUUUAGGCUGAUGUGUAUUUUUAACCCUAAUCUUGUAGACAAUUAAGGACAGACAACACUUAAUUUUCUCCUGUUUUCCCUCUUAGGGAGCAAACCAUGCAGUUGUGCAAAAAUGUCCACUCCUAAACCCUGGUAAAUAUUUAUUUUAGAAGUGGCUGGUGUAGUUUAUCCCUAGCAGGCAUUGAGAGUUUUUUUUGUCUGUGGAUGGUGGGUGUGAGUGGCUGCUGGUACUGUGUGUGUUGGAGGAAGCAGUGUCAAUUACAGAAAAUGCGGCUUUAGUGAUUAAAUCAGUGACCAUUACUUGAAGAUGCCUUAACAGAGUGCCAUAUCCAAACUUUGAAACAUUGAGUGUGGUAUCGUAGCAGAGGCAGCCCUCUACUGUGCAUACUAACAUCUAAAAUUACAGCAAAGAAAAAGUGAUCCUGAGGAAUUGAAUCUUUUUUUUUUUUUUCCUUGUGUCCCAGCACUAAAAGUGAUUUGAGGAGAUAGUAAUAGUCCACAGAAUAUUCUGUAUCCUUUGUAUUUCUUCUGUGCUGUGCUCUGCCUCCCAGGGUGGCUGACUAGGAAAAGCCCAGACAUAUGGACCAGGAGGUCUGGGGCCCUAAUCUGGGAGUGAAUACCAUUAACUAAUUUAAAACAGGGAGAGCGAAUGGCAGAAGUGCUCCAUAAUCCUCUAAUAGCCCCAAAAUGCAGAGUUUUUGGGGCAGUGUUUCUGUUACCGAGUUUUAUCCCUUUCCGAUCUUUCCUGGUCUGAUGGAAAAUUGCUGUUGAGUUUGGAUCCAUGCCUCCAGUGCUUUAGACAAGUACUGUAUCAUCCAGCUCAAGGUGCUGCUCCACCCUCUGAGGUUAGUGUGGUGAGCAUACUGUAUCUGUGACCAAGUGGUGUUUGCCAGUGCUGUUUGAUGGGAGUCAUGGCUGACUCUUGCUGCCAGUUGGUGGGAUCAGAUGCUAAUGGCUACUUCACUGUUGCUGGGCAAGGAAAUUGGCUUUGUUUUGUUUCCCCUAAUAAAGGAUGCAUGAACUUUUGUGGUUAACCUCCUUAUGCAACUGCAGCACAAUAUUGCACCACAGGGAAUAGAUUUAGGACAAUGAAGAGUGUUCAGUGAACAGUAAUGGAACUCCUUGACCGUUGAUCUCCCCUAAAUAGAUAUUACUUUCCCCUUUAUUUUGUGCCUUUAAAAAAAAUCCCCACAAACCAACAGUGUAUAAUUUCGAAUUUUAUAAAAGCAAUAAGAUGUUCCAAAUCACUCCGGUGCAUUUCUGGUUGAUGAUUCCACUUCGUUAGUGUCUGAACUCAGAUAUUCUUCUCUCUGCCUUAUGCACUCAAGGCAUGCAAUAAUUUCCCAGAAGUGUACUGCUUGUCACAUCUCAUUGCAUUUAUAAAAUUGCCCUAUUUUUGAAGAAAAAAAGAAGGAUGGAGAGAUAGAUAUAUAUAUAUAUAUCUUUAUAUAUAUAUUAUGGAUAUACAGGUAUAUGUAUUGUUUAUAUAAUCUCACGACACUAAAAGUAGUUGCAAAAGUGUGACUAAAGUUAAAACGUUAUCAUGUAAAACUCUAUCCUGUUAAUUAGCUUUGAUUUAAUAUUUUAAUAUCUCUGUAUUUAUGUAAAUCUGUGUAAAUUAUAUACUCUAUUAGUAAAAUUUCAUACUGACUUUAAUUUUUGCAGAACUGUGAGCUUCUUGUGGUGUCAUUUAAGGUUUUUUAUUUCUGAAGUUAAAUUAGACAAGAUAUGAAAAGUUAUAAAUUCCUAUUAUCACACAGAAUUACUGCAAUAAGGUUCAUGUGUACUCCCAAUACAAAGUCCUAUCUUGAGGUAUUGCAGGCUUAUGAGGUUUAAUUGAAUGGUCUCAGGAGAUCGAGCUGAUACAAGCAGGACACAUAGGUUUUAAUUUUCAUGAAACAAUAAGCAACCUGGGGAAUAGAUGUGGAUUUUUAAAACAGAGUUUAUGCUUGGAGGUUCUGUCAAAUCAAUUGCUUCAAAACCCUACAGCUACAGCUAAACUCCUGCACUUAGCAUUCAGUAUUAAUAAGGCUGAUGCUUCUUUCCCCUCCCCCCCUACUUAAACUAGAAAAGAGUAGAAAAUUGUUCAUAUUUCUAAAGCAUACAUUUUCAGCUAACUGUGAAACUGCCCAAAGGGUUUUGAAAAUACAUAUUUUAUGCAAGUGUAAUAUCUAUGUAUCUGUAUCCAUAUAUUUAAAUAUUUUUGUGUAACCUUUUCUACGAUAUUUGAUAGAGAUGCUGGGUAAAUGCUUGUACCAUUCUCAAACAUGAGGAAGGAUUUAUACCCUCUCGAUGCGGACAUUCUUUUUCCUGUGAAUUUGCACUGGUUUCGACAAGUGACAGUGAUGACUGGGCAGCUGAGUACUGACUGCUGGAAGCACAGACAGUCUUUCCUCCCUCUGUUAAGGGGCACAUCCUCCAGCUGGAUUUUCCUGGUUCUGAAUUGGAACUGGUUGCCCACUAGCAUCCUGCAUGUGUAAGAAUAAGAAGUGCUGUGGUGCUCAACAAUUCCUGUCUGGUCCAGCUGUCAUUUGGUGGAAGAAGCACGACAGCAGUGACUUGUUUUGUAGAGCCUAAUGAGAGCAGAGCUGAUGGGCAAUGUGGUGGCCAUGCUGGGUCUGGAUUGGAGAAUCAGCAAUGCCUUGUCCUGCGCUCCUGUCCUCAGAGCCUGCUGCUGCCCUGGGGAUUUGUACAGCUCCUGCUGGCAUCAGCAGGAGUGGCUUGCACUGACUGCCAAGGAACUGGGAUCCCAUCUGUAGUCCACAUGGAGAGUGACAGCUCUCCACACCACCACCACUGACCCUGCUCUGCACCUGUCGUAGCAACCUCCACGGGGAUGGAAACCACUACACCCCGUGAGGGCUAGGGUGCUUCAGCCUGGUGGCACUGGGGAACCCGCACUGCUACUGUUAGCUCUGCUUCUGUGGACUGAGGAAUUUAGGUUCUACGUGGAUCCUAUGAGGAUCAUGGACAGGGAAUGUCAUUUCAUUAAAAUGUAUCAUUCUGACAUUUUUUCUGUGGGGGUUUGUCUACUGCAAAUGUAGUUUCAGAUGAAAUUUGCGAGCUCUCCAUCCAGACAUGUUUUAACUUUUGAUACAUCUUGCUCAGAUGUAUAUCUAUAAAUUUAUAGAUAUAUAUCUCAAAAGAAAUGCUGGACAAAAAACAAAGAACAGAGACUCCACAUUAUAAAUGAAACUGUCCUAUGACAAAUUUUUUUUUCUUUUAUUUAAAAUUAAUUUUAGAGGUUAUAUCUUUGAUGUAAAUAGCAAGUUACUCUGUGAUUAAUGUUUUCCAUAGCAUUUCUGAGUAAUUGCUAUCUUGUUUCUGGAAAGCUGUGUCCAGUGUUAUGAAGCAACUGUGCUUUUCUUCUUCUGUUGUUAUGAAUAUGAGUGCAGUUUUUAUGUAGGUAGGAAAAAGAACAUGAUUUGACUCUUUAGAUAGGACUGAAUUAUUUUAAAUCCAGUUAUAGGACUUGGUUGCUUUUUUCUUUCUAGUUGUUAUUCUCUCUGCACGUUCGUAUUUUUUCUAUGUGUACUUGAAACCGUACAUUUUAAUAAGUAUGCAAGAUAUGAAGGGAAACAUGAAAAAUUAUGUGAAUGUUCUUUUUCCUCUUUUGUGUAAAUAGCAAAAUUUAUAAUGACUUAGAUAGCAUUUCAUUGUAUUUCUCAUCUAUAUAGAAAUUGGCAUGACUCAUAUACAAACCUUUAAUAUCACUUUCAUUUAUGUUAAAAGUUAGAACUACUUUUAUCCAGGACUGACUUUCUCAUCUCUUUCUGGUACUGAACAUUUUUUCCAAGUUUUCCAUCUGAUCGCUAAAUAAAUUUCUAGUAGAACAGAGCCUCCUUCUGUUUUUAGUCUUUUACAUGUAAGUCUCUGGUCUGAAUCCAGCGAAACUCAAUAGUGUAGAAAAUGUGUUAUGACCUUGCAAGCACUGGAUGGUGUAUGAGCUUGAGGAGAGAAGUGACUGACAAUAGUAAUAGUUAGCUUUCUUGUUUGGAGUUGUGGAAGCGAAGACUCCCCGUCCACUGAAUUGACCUGGGUGAAGGGUGACCCAUUCCAGCUGCAGCAGAGACAAAUAUUAAUGUCCUUGCUGAUACUGUUGCUCUAAAUCAUUUUCAAUAUGACAUUAGGUCUUAUUUCUGUAAAUUAUAUGUCAUGUAUUUCUUAUUCAAAUCUACGAGGUUUUCACUGCUUCAUCAGUACUAUAUGUUCUCUGUGGAUAACUAGAAGGAUUAAUUUUCCAACCCUUUUAACCCAAUACCUCUACAAGCAUCAAUUUUGUAUGAGUUAGGAAAUAAAUAAACAUUUGGAUCAGAA